AUGUCUCGGUUGACAAUCGCAUCGACAUUGGCCAUCGCUGGCCUUCUCGCAGAACCCGUUGCAGGUUUGGCAGGCUGGUGGACUUGGUCGCCCGAAACUCUCACACCUCAUUUCGCCUACCAAGACCCAGGAUCUGGGGAUCUUGUGCACAGCUCUUGCAACAGCAAUGGCUCGGCAGCUUUCUCAACCGACAGCCCAAACAAAUUCCCCGUCAAAACCCAGCCGAAGGCUGCAACACCACUUGCCGUGACGGGUUGGUGGGAUGAUGACCUGAAUACGCCGAUUGCAACCGACGACUCGAUCAUUAAUGCGUUCUUUACAUGCGACAACAAAACAGGCAACUAUAAGCUCAAUCCCGAUGGCAACGACAUUGUAUCCGACCUUGCGGGCGCACCCUCUGUACACGAAAAGACUGGCCUAGCGGUGACGGAACUCGGAGACUCGGGCGGCUACCGACUAUAUUACCACGACGAAGACGGGCUGGUCAAUCUGCUGGCGUACGACGAUGAUACAGACUGGCGAUACGAUGGGCCUGUGUCGCUCAAGAAGAGCGGUGGCAUGGCGAUAGCGGCGCUGCAAACAAAAGGCACAAAUGUAUCGGUCGUUUAUCCAUACGAUAGCAAGAACAUUGCUGUUGCUCGCUUCAACAAUGAGAACAAGAACAAAUGGAGUCUGGAAUCGUUCCCGACACCAUUCGAUAGCCCAGCGCCGACGAACAAAACCGACCCUUCGGAUAUGGAACUCGAUUCCUCGGAGGACCGCUCCUUCCAGCUCUCAUCCUUCGAUAGCGCGACCAACCUUGGUCUUUCUGCGACAACGAAACAACAACUGGCGGUGUUCUAUAUAGGUGAAGAUGCUGAGCUACACGGAGCAUCAAAUGCCGAUGGGGGCUGGGAAGAGCUGGAAACGCCUGGCAAAAAGAAAUGGCCACAUUCAGACAAUGAGUCCGGACGGUUGGCUGUUGUGUCUCCCUUGUCAUCGGAUGAGAUCUGGAUAUACUAUACAAGCGGAGACAAGGUCAUGGAGCUGCAUAGGGAUAGCAAAGGCACAUGGGACAAUGCCAGGACUCCCUCUUCGACGAGUGCGACAAACGCCGACGACUCAACUGGAUCUGACGGGGAUGACGACUCGAAAGACACAGAUGGUGGUUCUGGCUCUGGCGAGGACGCGACUUCAUCCUCGUCAACAGGCAUGACAACCGGCGCAAAGGCUGGAAUUGGUGUCGGUGUCGGUGUCGGCGCUUUGGCUGUCGCUGCAGCUGCUUUCUUCUUCCUCCGAAGACGACGUCAGAAGGCUGCUACAAACGAGGGCAAGGAGUCAGUUGGAGAACUUGCGUCAAGAAAUAGCUAUCAUGAGCUGCAGACCGAAGUGCAUGAGCCACAGGAAAUGCCGUUGACGACACCCCAUCAACAGCACGAGUUGCUGGGUGAUACGAGACACAGAGCUGCAUAG